UUCGUGGCGGUGACAUCAGCAAUCAUCAAAACCGAACUUUGAACUCUGAUCUCUAAAAUGCCAUCAGCUACAGCAAUGGGCGACCAGAAAGCCUCAAAGUACUAUCCCGCUGAGGAGGAGGCGCAAAUGAAGAAGGCCCGCAAGACCGCCCACCCGACCAAAUACCGCGAUUCUCUCACUCCCGGCACCGUCUUGAUCCUCCUCUCCGGUCGUUUCCGCGGCAAGCGCGUCGUUCUCCUACGCCAGCUCGAACAAGGUGUUCUCCUCAUCACCGGCCCGUUCAAGUCAAAUGGCGUCCCACUGCGCCGCGUCAACCACCGCUACGUGAUCGCUACCUCGACCGUUGUCGAUAUCGCAGGUGUUGACGAGGAGGUCGUAGAGCGCGUGAGCAAGGACGAGUACUGGGCAAGGGAGAAGAAGGAGAGCAAGGGCGAGGAUGCGUUCUUUGAGCAGGGCAAGGAGGGUGAGGUGCAGAAGAAGGAGACAGACCCACAGCGGAUAGAGGACCAGAAGAAGGUGGACAAGGCGCUCAUGGCGAACAUCAAGAAAGUGCCGGAGCUGGAGGGAUAUCUUGGAGCGAGCUUCAGCUUGAGGGGCAACGAGAGGCCGCACGAGAUGGUCUUCUGAGCAUGUGCAUGAUGGUGGACAUUAUACCGGAACGAUUUUCUGGAUGAGCUUACGAAGUACGAAACGAGAGGAUGCAAAAGCCCAAGCUCUUCGUCUGCUGACGAGAACCCCAAAGAUGGAUUCGAGCAGCAUCAUGACACGAAUUUAUACGUAGAUUAUACCCAC